CAGCAGCAGCAGCAGCACAGGUUGUGGUUGUUGUUGCUCUCUCUCCCGCCCCGACCUGUUCAUGAGUCACCUGUAUAACCUGGACUCCCGCUGCGUGUCGCCAUGCUUCCCCAUGUUCGCCCUGGAGACCGCUAACUUCUACGAGGCGGGUAACCCCGCGGGGCUGUCGCUGGUGAAGCCGAGUCGGGCUCUGUGCGAGGAGGAGGGGGGCGGCAGUCUGGUGGAGCUGAACCCGGCGGCGGGCGGCGGUGUGGGGACGGACCACAUGUACGAGGAGGAGACGGCCAUCGACUUCAGCCCCUACGUGGUGGAGCCGGGCCCGGGGGCGCCGCUGGAGCUGUACAACGACGAGCUGUUGGCGGACCUGUUCUCCGGCAAAGCGGACAAGUCCCAACAGCCCGACUAUGGCUUCCUGCAGCCGGGGGCCGGGCACCUGCUGGGCUCGGCGGGCGGGGGGGGGUCCGGGGGCCACCAGCACAGGGCAGCCUUCCCCCCGCAGCCCCCACCCGCACGGGGCUACGACCAGAGACUGGACCUGUCCAAAGUGGUGGUGAAGCGGGAGAGGGACGAGGCGGGUCCGCCCCGCACCUCACUGCACAGCCAAGUGGCCGCCUGCGCCCAGACCGCCGUCCACCUGCCCACCGGCCAACCCACCCCCCCCACCAGCCCCGAGCCCAGCCCCGCGCACCAGCAGCACCAGCAGCAGCACCAGCAGCACCAGCAGCAGCACCGAGCCCCCGGUAAGGACAAGGGCAAGAAGUCGGUGGACCGCCACAGCCCCGAGUACCGGCAGCGGAGGGAGAGGAACAACAUCGCCGUCAGGAAGAGCCGCGACAAAGCCAAAGUGCGCAAUCAGGAGAUGCAGCACAAGGUGAUGGAGCUGAACGCCGAGAACGAGCGUCUGCACAAAAAGAUCGAGCAGCUGAGCAGGGAGUUGGCCAUCAUGAGGAACUUUUUCGAGCAACAGCAGCAGCAGCAGCAACAACAACAACAGCCGCAGCCCAGCGGGGGCUCCUUCCUCAGCACAAGUGCAGAGUGCCGGUGACCGCUCAAUGCACCCCCUCCCCUCCCCCUCCCCUCCCCCCUCCCCCCUUUAAUAUUAAGGGGGGGGACAAAAAGAGGACACGACAGACCCCGAUACCUCAACCAAAGAGACCGUUGUUUCUCGCGAGUACUGUGAACGGACAAACUUUCCCUCUGGACCCCCGAUCCCCCCCCACACACACACACACACACCGUUUGCAGCCCCAGAGGUGGUGUGGACAGACAGACGGGGACUCUCUGCGGUCCCCCCCUCCCCUCCCCCCUCCACAGGACUGCAGCGACCCCAGAGGGGCGGACCUUCCUAAAUUAUUUUUUUUAUAUAUAUAUAUCUAUAUAAUUCUUAAUUUUCUAUACUCUCAUUAACGCAUUAAUGCAACUAAAGGUACAUUUAUACACGGGACGAUUCGCGAACUUUAUAUUUUUCCAAUUAGUCGAAAUGGUUGAUACAGCGCAUGGUUGACACUCGUUUUUAUAUUAAUGUGCAUUUAGAUCUUGUGACCCGUUGUACGGAAUCAUUAAAUACUUUAAACCUUU